AAGUUGGCUCCGAAUCCGAAAAUAAAAAAAAAGAAAAAACAUUUGUUGUUAAAAAUAAGUUUGUUUGUUAUUAAUUUUAAAAAAUUGUUAUUUAGUGUUAUUUAAAAUGAGUGUCAUUGCACGAGGGUUAAUGAGCAUUGCAAGGACAUGUCUGAGAACAACAAUGCAAGUACCUUCAACAACUUUGGCAAAGCAAUGUGUCAACAAUACAUUCACAGCUGGUUUUAUGGAAAUUAAAAGAAUGGGAUCAUCAUUGUUUCGUGCACAUAAAAUUGGAUAUUUUCAAAAACCACGUAAAUAUAGACAGCCACUUGGUGGUAAACCAUUUGCAAAAGGUGUUGUAUUAAAAACACUUAUUAAAAAACCUAAAAAACCAAAUUCAGCAAAUCGUAAAUGUGUGCUUGUAAGAUUGUCAACUGGAAAAGAAAUGGUUGCAUAUGUUCCAGGUGUUGGACAUAAUUUGCAGGAACACAAUAUUGUUUUAUGUCGUGUUGGAAGAGUCAAAGAUUGCAAUGGUGUAAAAAUAAAAUGUGUACGUGGAAAAUAUGACUUGGCUCAUGUAAUAAAACCAGAAUAAAAUUAAAUCUAAAAAAAAAAAAACUAUUAUAAAAUUAUCUAGAUCAACGAAAAAAAUUAAAUAAAUAAAAAAUAAAUUUUUUCUUGGAAAAAAAAAUAUAGUUUAAAAAUAAA